GUGUUUUGCAUUGUCAAGAAAUUUUGAAUAAAAAUCGUUGUUUAGAUUUAGAUUAUUUAGUUGCUGAAAAUCUUUUUGCCAACAAGCAGUGCAAAUAAAUAGCAAUGCCUAGAUUAUCCCCGAAACAGAAGAAUCAACUUGAAAAUGACAUCAAACAAAUAAUAGAAACCCAUUUGCCAGAUAAUAUCUCGGAAUUGUAUAGAUUGGAGGAAUUUAAACAACUUGUCAAAGAUAUUAUUAUUCCUUGCAAUGGCCAAGUGAACCGUUGUGUUAAGCAAGCAUGGCAAAGUGUCCAAAUCGAAUGGGAAGAACGUUCGCUUGAUGAAAUCAUUCAAAUUAGAUCAAAACACAAUUUUAGCCCCACUAAGUAUUAUGAUUUAGCAACUAGCAUUGAAAUCGCUAAGACAUUAUUGCUCUGUCAAUAUGGCAGAAAAAAAGAAGCUAAAAGAUUUAUUCAACAUGUGUAUGCAGUUUUGAGAAAGGUAUUCUUAAAACGAAAUACAUUGGCAAUCAUUGGCCAAGCUGGCGAUGGUAAAGAAUUUUUCCUAUCCACAAUCUUCACACUGGUUUGGAAUGUUGGUUACGUUGAUGGCAAUUCAAAUUUUAAUUGUCAAGAUUUGCUCAACAGAAGUUUGGGGGUUGUUGAACAUUUCAAAUUCAAACCACCGCAAAUGGGCAGAUACAAGAACGUUUUUGCAGGUCGCGGUUCACAAAUUAAAUAUCGUAACGAAUGGACAACAUUGCGACGAAUUCCUAUUAUAAUUACAUCCAACAAUCGAUUUAUCGAUCAAUUGGAUUAUCCUCAAGCGUUUGAACAACGUAUGUUUAUUAACUAUUGGCAACCUCAACCGUGGUUAGACAAGUUAUCCAAACGAUUACAUCCAUUAAUUUUGCCACAUCUUGCCAAGGAAUGCUUUCAAAAUGUUUUAUCAGUUUCUGAGGUUGUAUCGCUCGCCGAACCGGACUAUGAUUCGGAUUUGGAACGAGAUUUGCAACUUGUGGAAUGCUGAACAAUAUUUUACUUUACCCAAUUCAAUCUAUUUUGUUUUGUCUAAUACUAAACAUUAUUUUAUUGAAAUUUUAAAAGUAUUCUUCAAUAAAAAUCCAAUUUUUUU